AUGAUCCAAGACCAAGUUUCGCUCCCCUCCAAGGGGACGGCCACCUCCUGCGAAGCGGGCUACUUUUUUGCUGAAGUGCCCGGUUUGCGGCCCUUGGCCAGGCGGGCCACUUUUGCUCAAGCGGGCCACUUUUUUGCUGAAGUGCCCGGUUUGCGGCCCUUGGCCAGGCAUGGACCAGGAAUCGACAAGUUCCCGGUUCGCGGCCCUUGCCCAGGCAGGAACCAGGAACCGCUAAGUUCCCGGUUCGCGGCUCUUGCCCAGGCAGGAACCAGGAACCUCUAA